AUGGCCCCAGCGUCUAAGGCGCCCGAGUCCGCCUCCCCGACAACAACCGGGCCCGAUGGCUCUGUGGAUAACAUUGCCCAGGCCGCCAGCGCACUCGAGGCCAACCUGACAAACCUCGAGGGUCGACUUGAUGCACUGCUAGCCGCGUUCGAAUCGGCUCAAGAGCCCAACGAGGACGGAACAGUGGCACCGCCCAGCCAAGAUGCGAAGAAGCCGGACGACACGGUCCCCAACAAACCUUCCAACGGUGAAGCCCAGAGCUCCGAGUCCGCGUCUUCCGAAGCGGCGAAGAAAGCCUAG